AUGAGCGGAUACAGGGAUGGCUGCUGCUAGACAACUACCCUCCAACCUUUACACUAACACUCAUGUACCUGCUGAUCGUAUGGGUGGGACCCAAGUACAUGAGACACAGACAGCCGGUGUCUUGCCAGGGCCUCCUGGUGCUCUACAAUCUGGGCCUCACGAUCUUGUCCUUCUAUAUGUUCUAUGAGGUAGGCAGGCAGGCUACACCUGAAGGUGGUGUUGGUGUCAUCGCAAUGCAACGCUGCAGGUGGAUGAGGGGAAGUGAGAGGAUCGGGUGACUGAUAGAAGUGGCUAAAGGACCAUUUUAUUUUGCUGAAGGAUUCUGUGAGGAUGAGGGAAACUGUGAUCUUUGAUUCGGAUUAGACACAAAUGCCGUCUUGCACUGAAGCCACCCCGGGACACAAUGCUGUGAGGGAGUGAGUGGGGCACAGCUGGUCUCUGACAGGAUCAUUGUUAACACAAACAAAUCUCUCACCCAAUGUCAACACAGCCCUCAAUUGUUUUCUGAAAACCUGCUAUUAUUAUUAGAAUGUUUGAAGUUGCAACUUCUAAUUCUGAAAUGGUUGACAGUAUAUACUGAUGUACUGUCUGUAUCCUCAGUGGAUGGCUAUGCUAGUAGUUGAUAGCAUUAUCCCUAAUUAUCCCUAUAGUGUAAUGAAACGGGAGGGAAGGUGAGCUGCCAAUGCUUUCUGUAGUGUAAUCAGUUGUGGUAGUAAAUAUGUCAACAUAGUGUUAUAUACAGUGAGGGAAAAAAGUAUUUGAUCCCUGCUGAUUUUGUACGUUUGCCCACUGACAAAGAAAUGAUCAGUCUAUAAUUUUAAUGGUAGGUUUAUUUGAACAGUCAAAGACAGAAUAACAACAAAAAAAUCCAGAAAAACGCAUGUUAAAAAUGUUAUAAAUUGAUUUGCAUUUUAAUGAGGGAAAUAAGUAUUUGACCCCCUCUCAAUCAGAAAAGAUUUCUGGCUCCCAGGUGUCUUUUAUACAGGUAACGAGCUGAGAUUAGGAGCACACUCUUAAAGGGAGUGCUCCUAAUCUCAGCUUGUUACCUGUAUAAAAGACACCUGUCCACAGAAGCAAUCAAUCAGAUUCCAAACUCUCCACCAUGGCCAAGACCAAAGAGCUCUCCAAGGAUGUCAGGGUCAAUAUUGUAGACCGACACAAGGCUGGAAUGGGCUACAAGGCCAUCGCCAAGCAGCUUGGUGAGAAGGUGACAACAGUUGGUGCGAUUAUUCGCAAAUGGAAGAAACACAAAAGAACUGUCAAUCUCCCUCGGCCUGGGGCUCCAUGCAAGAUCUCACCUCGUGGAGUUGCAAUGAUAAUGAGAACGGUGAGGAAUCAGCCCAGAACUACACUGGAGGAUCUUGUCAAUGAUUUCAAGGAAGCUGGGACCAUAGUCACCAAGAAAACAAUUGGUAACACACUACGUCGCGAAGGACUGUAAUCCUGCAGCGCCCGCAAGGUCCCCCUGCUCAAGAAAGCACAUAUACAGGCCCGUCUGAAGUUUGCCAAUGAACAUCUGAAUGAUUCAGAGGAGAACUGGGUGAAAGUGUUGUGGUCAGAUGAGACCAAAAUCGAGGUCUUUGGCAUCAACUCAACUCGCCGUGUUUGGAGGAGGAGGAAUGCUGCCUAUGACCCCAAGAACACCAUCCCCACCGUCAAUCAUGGAGGUGGAAACAUUAUGCUCUGGUGUUUUUUUCUGCUUAGGGGACAACUUCACCGCAUCAAAGGGACGAUGGACGGGGCCAUGUACCGUCAAAUCUUGGGUGAGAACCUCCUUCCCUCAGCCAGGGCAUUGAAAAUGGGUCGUGGAUGGGUAUUCCAGCAUGACAAUGACUCAAAACACACGGCCAAGGCAACAAAGGGGUGGCUCAAGAAGAAGCACAUUAAGGUCCUGGAGUGGCCUAGCCAGUCUCCAGACCUUAAUCCCAUACAAAAUCUGUGGAGGGAGCUGAAGGUUCGAGUUGCCAAACGUCAGCCUCAAAACCUUAAUGACUUGGAGAAGAUCUGCAAAGAGUGGGACAAAAUCCCUCCUGAGAUGUGUGCAAACCUGGUGGCCAACUACAAGAAAUGUCUGACCUCUGUGAUUGCCAACAAGGGUUUUGCCACCAGGUACUAAGUCAUGUUUUGCAGAUGGGUCAAAUACUUAUUUCCCUCAUUAAAAUGCAAAUCAAUUUAUAACAUUUUUGACAUGCGUUUUUCUGGAUUUUUUUGUUGUUAUUCUGUCUCUCACUGUUCAAAUAAACCUACCAUUAAAAUUAUAGACUGAUCAUGUCUUUGUCAGUGGGCAAACGUACAAAAUCAGCAGGGGUUCAAAUACUUUUUUCCCUCACUGUACAGUACCAGUCAAACGUUUGGACACACCUACUCAUUCAAGGGUUUUUCUUUAUUUUUACUAUUUUCUAAAUUGUAGAAUAAUAGUGAAGACAUCAAAACAAUGAAAUAACACAUAUGGAAUCAUGUAGUAACCAAAAAAUAUAUUUUAUAUUUGAGACUCUUCAAAGUAGCUACCCUUUGCCUCGAUGACAGCUUUGCACACUCUUGGCAUUCUCUCAACCAGCUUCACCUGGAAUGAUUUUCCAACAGUGCAACAGUCUUGAAGGAGUACCCAAAUAAGCUGAGCACUUGUUCGCUGCUUUUCCUUCACUCUGCGGUCCAACUCAUCCCAAACCAUCUCAAUUGGGUUGAUGUCGGGGGAUUGUGGAGGCCAGGUCAUCUGAUGCAGCACUCCAUCACUUUCCUUCUUGGUCAAGUAGCCCUUACAUUCCUUACACAGCCUGGAGGUGUGUUGGGUCAUUGUCCUGUUGAAAAACAAAUGAUUGUCCCACUAUGCCCAAACCAGAUGGGAUGGCGUAUCGCUUCAGAAUGCUGUGGUAGCCAUGCUGGUUACGUGUGCCUUGAAUUCUAUAUAAAUCACAGACAGUGUUACCAGCAAAGCACCCCCAUACCAUCACACCUCCUCCUCCAUGAGAGAUGUGUCUGUUACUUGAUCUCUGUGAAGCACUUAUUUGGGCUGCAAUUUCUGAGGCUGGUAACUUUAAUGAACUUAUCCUCUGCAUCAGAGUUAACUCUGGGUCUUCCUUUCCUGUGGCGGUCCUCAUGAGAGCCAGUUUCAUCAUAGCGCUUGAUGGUUUUUGCGACUGCACUUGAAGAAACUUUCAAAGUUCUUCACAUUUUCCGUAUUGACUGACAUUCAUGUCUUAAAGUAAUGAUGGACUGUCGUUUCUCUUUGCUUAUUUGAGCUGUUCUUGCCAUAAUAUGGACUUGGUCUUUUACCAAAUAGGGCUAUCUUCUGUAUACCUUGUCACAACACAACUGAUUGGCUCAAACGCAUUAAGAAGGAAAGAAAUUCCACAAAUUAACUUUUAACAAGGCACACCUGUUAAUUGAAAUGCAAUCCAGGUGACUACCUCAUGCAUCUGGUUGAGAGAAUGCCAAGAGUGUCUAAAGGUGUCAUCAAGGCAAAGGGUGGCUACUUUGAAGAAUCUCAAAUAUAAAAUAUAUUUGGAUUUGUUUAACACUUUUUUGGUUACUACAUGAUUCCAUAUGUGUUAUUUCAUAGUUUUGAUGACUUCACUAUUAUUCUACAAUGUAGAAAAUGUAAAAAAUAAAUAAAAUACCUUGAAUGAGUAGGUGUUCUAAAACUUUUGACCAGUAGUACACUACCGUUCAAAAGUUUGUGGUCACUUAGAAAUUUCCUUGUUUUCCAUUAAAGCAUACAUUAAAUGAGUUUGAAUAGGAAAUAUAGCAAAAUGAAUAGGAAAUGUAGUCAUUGACAAGGUUAAAAAUAAUUGUGUCCUUCAAACUUUGCUUUCGUCAAAGAAUCCUCCAUUUGCAUCAAUUACAGCCUUGCAGACCUUUGGCAUUCUAGUUGUCAAUUUGUUGAGGUAAUCUGAAGAAAUUUCACCCCAUGCUUCCUGAAGCACCUCCCACAAGUUGGAUUGGCUUGAUGGGCACUUCUUACGUACCAUAUGGUCAAGCUGCUCCCACAACAGCUCAAUAGGGUUGAGAUCCGGUGACUGUGCUGGCCACUCCAUUAUAGACAGAAUACCAGCUGACUGCUUCUUACCUAAAUAGUUAUUGCAUAGUUUGGAGCUGUGCUUUGGGUCAUUGUCCUGUUAUAGGAGGAAAUUGGCUCCAAUCAAGCGCCAUCCACAGGGUAUGGCAUGGCAUUGCAAAAUGGAGUGAUAGCCUUCCUUCUUCAAGAUCCCUUUUACCCUGUACAAAUCUCCCACUUUACCACCAACAAUGCACCCCCAGACCAUCACAUUGCCUCCACCAUGCUUGACAGAUGGCAUUAAGCACUCCUCCAGCAUCUUUUAAUUUGGUCUGCAUCUCACAGAUGUUCUUCUUUGUGAUCCGAAUACCUCAAACUUCGAUUUGUCUGUCCAUAACACUUAUUUCCAAUCUUCCUCUGUCCAGUGUCUGUGUUCUUUUGCCCAUCUUAAUCUUUUCUUUUUAUUGUCCAGUCUGAGAUAUGGCUUUUUCUUUGCAACUCUGCCUAGAAGGUCAGCAUCCCGAAGUCGCCUCUUCACUGUUGACGUUGAGACUGGUGUUUUGCGGGUACUAUUUAAUGAAGCUGCCAGUUGAGGACCUGUGAGGCGUCUGUUUCUCAAACUAGACACUCUAAUGUAUUUGUCUUAUUGCUCAGUUGUGCACCGGGGCCUCCCACUCCUCUUUCUAUUCUGGUUAGAGACAGUUUGCGCUGUUCUGUAAAGGGAGUAGUACACAGCGUUGUACGAGAUCUUCAGUUCCUUGGCAAUUUCUCGCAUGGAAUAGCCUUCAUUUCUCAGAACAAGAAUAGACUCACAAGUUUCAGAAGAAAGUUCUUUGUUUCUGGCCAUUUUGAGCCUGUAAUCGAACCCACAAUUGCUGAUGCUCCAGAUACUCAACUAGUCUCAAGAAGGCCAGUUUUAUUGCUUCUUUAAUCAGCACAAGAGUUUUCAGCUGUGCUAACAUAAUUGCAAAAGGGUUUUCUAAUGAUCAAUUAUCCUUUUAAAAUGAUAAACUUGGAUUAGCAAACACAAUGUGCCAUUGGAACACAGGACUGAUGGUUGCUGAUAAUGGGCCUCUGUACGCCUAUGUAGAUAUUCCAUUAAAAAUCAGCAGUUUCCAGCUACAAUAGACAUUUACAACAUUAACAAUGUCUACACUGUAUUUCUGAUAAAUCUGAUGUUAUUUUAAUGGACAAAAAAAGUGCUCUUCUUUCGAAAACAAGGACAUUUCUAAGUGACCCCAAACCUUUGAACGGUAGUGUAUAUACUGAUGUACUGUCUGUAUCCUCAUUGGAUGGCUAUGCUAGUAGUUGAUAGCAUUAUCCCUAAUUAUCCCUAUAGUGUAAUGAAACGGGAGGGAGGGUGAGCUGCCGAUGCUUUCUGUGUGGUAGUAAAUAUUUCAACAUAGAGUAAUAUACAUGGUGUAAUAUGACAUCCUCUAAAUGUAAUGAGGUAGUUAUACUGACGAUGAGGGACAAAGUCUGUUCUCCAUGCACGUGUAAGUCUUAAGUCUUCUAUUCUCACCACCCUGGCCAAACUGGCUCAAUUCGGUCUGCAUUGCAUAACCCCUCAAAAGAUUGGCUGUGCCCAUGCUGUGUAAAUCAGUACAAAGCAGUUGCUUGCCGUUAUCACCUGUCUACGGCACUUAAAGAAAUUGCAUUUUCACAAUGUUAUAGGUGUGGUUUGAUUUAAGAUGUGUUUUAAAUAGCCAUACUGAAUAGCAAAAUACCAAGGGCAUAGGCCUGAUAGGUUUGUAGGUUCGUUAAGUUACCAUGGAUGCAAGCUGGACACAAUAAAGGCUUUAGGUUUAGAAACAGAUCCUGAGCUCACUCUGCAUUUUAGAUAGUCAAUAUUGAUUGGAAUGCGCUGGCUCUUAAGCUAAUUAAAACAGUUUCUUCUGCAGGAAAGUGGGUCUUCACUAAUAUCACGAAUCAGCACUGUUCCACCCAAAUCUAUAUGGACAUUUACCCCAUAUUUCCUUUGUUUUGAAUUAAGAGUAAAGAAGAUUUAGUACUAGUGUAUUAGUAAUAAAUAGUGUAUUAUAACUCAAAUAGCCUAGUAUGCAGUAUAUUGUUGUGAAUAAUCAUGUUGCUAAUACAGUAAACGUGUCCAUGCAGCAUCACAACAACAGGCAUGACAGUGGCAUUGUUGAAUGAUUAGACACUCUCUGUGUAGAGACUUUUGUGUUGUUAUUCGAUGAGUCCUCUGCAUGUUCGGGAUUACCCAGUUGAGUAGUGGAUCACAACAUCUGCCAAUCCCAGGCCUGUCCCUGUUCUGUUUUCAUCCCCAUGGGCACAUGCAGGGCAGUCACUCUCCUGAUGCCACAAUCAUCGGAUAAUGCCACUGUAUGCCUCGAAGUCAUCAACGUAAUUAGAUCCCUGCUUUGCCCUGCUUUUUUAUCGUCCUGUUCUUGAGCCAAAUGCACUAAAGUCCUGUGGGAAAGCUUAAUGUUCCUCAGAAUCAUGUUUUAUUCAGUAGAACAUAACAAGGGGGGCAAUUCUGACCAAUGGGUUCUGCUCUGAGUUUGAUGAGGUCAUAUUGAGCACAAAACACUUGAAGCUGAACCUGAAUCUUGGUAUGUCUUUAGAUGCUUUAUAUUUAAAUCCUUGUUUUUGUCAGUUAUUCAAGGCAGUGGUGGAUAAAGGCAGAGCUAUUUCCAUCCAUCCCAAAUUAGACUAAAUGUGUGAACACUGGCCUGCUCAAAAACAAACAAUACAGGGAUCCAAUGUUGCAGUGGCAACAAAAAGGAUACUGAUAUUCUCUCUGGUAAAGGAGACUAAAUGGAGAUGACGAGACUCUGGGAUAUAAUAUUGUUCACUACUUCCUCUUUCCACUCCUGCAGCAAGUAUAUGAAGCUAGCAUCCUAAAUGCCAAUGUAAAUUCUAACAGUUCUACACUCAGCUUUUGGGUGGAGAAAGCAAAUUGAUGUUGCAAGUGUUUUUCAAUUUGGAUCUUGUGACACUUGCAAUACAAUAAUGAAAUAAAUGUGAUAUUACAAGGGCAGUGCAGUAUUUGGGUGAUUUAAAGUUGUUUGAAGAUGUCAAAGACUUGACAAUCUAUUUGUUUCUACAUCACCUUAUGGUCUGUCUCCAGAUGGUGUCUGCUGUGUGGCACGGGGGUUAUAACUUCUACUGCCAAGACACACAUAGUGCAGGAGAAACAGAUACCAAGGUAAGACGGUCUUACUCAAUAUCACUAUACAUCACCCCUCUGUUUUAUAUUCAAUUCUAUAUAAGUGAACAAUCUGUGUUAGGUUCAAAAUAUGGACUGUAUAUGCGGUUUAAAAAAUGCAUUGUCACCAGACACCAGCUUGACUUCACCCUUUCACUCAUUCUGUUCAUUCUCUUCAACUAUGUUUGUCCUGGUGGCUUCCAAUUCUACUGGUUCAAUUUAUGUCAGACAGUACCUGCAAAUCCUAACAGAUAAGCCACAGGGUCAGACAGCCAGUCUAUUUAAUCUGUGCUGCUGUGUCAUCAGUAUUUACUCUCUGUAAUGUCCCUUGGGAACAUUGAACACUGAGAGGAAACUUGUUCUCACUGAAAUGUGCGAUUGGAUUGCAGUUAUGCUGUGAUUAAAACGUGUAAAAGUGUCCCUGCUGUCACAGCAGUGAAUUAGCGUAUUUUUCUCUUUGUCCUUAAUACAGAUUUCAAAGGCAUUUCUGUGCAGAUGACCAAUUUUGGUCCCUCAAAACAUUUUACUUUUUGGGUCAAAUUAUUUGCACUGGCCAGUCCUCAUUAAAAAAAAGUAAAAUACAAAUCUGGCAAUGUAUGCCUCUCAGGAGGAACAUUGAGUAUGUUCUUGCAGGAAAGAUAUUGUAUUGCCUGAAAGCUAGGAAAGUGAACUACUAGAAAAUAUAUUGUAUUGCCUGAAAGUGUGAUUCUUCUUCUUAUAUUUGUUUCUCGUCUCAGAUCAUUCAUGUGCUGUGGUGGUACUACUUCUCCAAGAUUAUAGAGUUUAUGGACACCUUCUUCUUCAUCCUACGGAAGAACAACCAUCAGAUCACGUUUCUGCACAUCUACCACCACGCUAGCAUGCUCAACAUCUGGUGGUUCGUCAUGAACUGGGUGCCCUGUGGUCACUGUGAGUGUUCUAACACAACAUUCCCUUUCUAUCCUCAACACUGUGGUCACUGUGAGUGUUCUAACACAACAUUCCCUUUCUAUCCUCAACACUGUGGUCACUGUGAGUGUUCUAACACAACAUUCCCUUUCUAUCCUCAACACUGUGGUCACUGUGAGUGUUCUAACACAACAUUCCCUUUCUAUCCUCAACACUGUGGUCACUGUGAGUGUUCUAACACAACAUUCCCUUUCUAUCCUCAACACUGUGGUCACUGUGAGUGUUCUAACACAACAUUCCCUUUCUAUCCUCAACACUGUGGUCACUGUGAGUGUUCUAACACAACUUGGCCAUUGUGGAGAGGUUGGAGUCUGUUUGAUUGAGUGUGUGGACAGGUGUCUUUUAUACAGGUAACGAGUUCAAACAGGUGCAGUUAAUACAGGUAAUGAGUGGAGAACAGGAGGGCUUCUUAAAGAAAAACUAACAGGUCUGUGAGAGCCGUAAUUCUUACUGGUUGGUAGGUGAUCAAAUACUUAUGUCAUGCAAUAGAAUGCAAAUUAAUUACUUAAAAAUCAUACAAUGUGAUUUUCUGGAUUUUUGUUUUAGAUUCCGUCUCUCACAGUUGAAGUGUACCUAUGAUAAAAAUUACAGACCUCUACAUGCUUUGUAAGUAGGAAAACCUGCAAAAUCGGCAGUGUAUCAAAUAUUUGUUCUCCCCACUGUACAUGGUAUGUUAUUAUUUUAAGUAGCUAUACAGGUGUUAUAGAGGACAUGGUUUUCUUGAAUUGAUUCUGUGACUGAGAUACUUUCAAGUGAAGUUGAUCGUUUUUUAGAUGGUAAAGGAAUCAAGUGUGAAUUGAACCUACUGCUAUUUCAGGACUGUACGGCAUGUAUUUUUUCAGUGAUAUACUGUACCCUCACCUCCUAAUUGCUUUACCCUCUCACUGUGUCCUAGAAUAGGACCCUCUGACCUACGUCUAACAGCUCUCUGUGUUUUACAGUGGACUCUCUGAGAAUGAACACCUCAGCUGCUUUCUACUGUGUGCCAUUGUCACAGCUAUUUCUUACUAUUAUAAAACAGGCACUGAAUAGCAAGAAUUGUAAUUUCGUCAUUCACUGAUGUCUCUGACCCUGCUACUGUACUGUAGAUGAAUCACCCACCCCCUCUCUCCUGUCUUUUCCUCAGCCUACUUUGGUGCCUCCCUCAACAGCUUCAUCCAUGUCCUGAUGUACUCUUACUAUGGGCUCUCUGCUGUCCCGGCCAUACGGCCCUAUCUAUGGUGGAAGAAAUACAUCACACAAGGACAGCUGGUGAGCCUGCAUGUCCCUGUUUCAAACCUCAGAGAUGGACUUUCACGUCCAUAGUCAUCAUCCAGCGGUGGAGGCUGCUGAGGGGAAGACGGCUCAUAAUAAUGGCCGGAACAGAGUCCAUGGAAUGGCAUCAAUCACCUGUAAACCAUGUGUUUGAUGUAUUUGAUACCAUUCCACUGAUUCCGCUCCAGUCAUUACCACGAGCCCGUUCUACCCAAUUAAGGUGCCACCAGCCUCCUGUGCCCUCCAGUGUAUAGCUCAGCCAGUUUCAGGGUCUUAGUGAAUGUGACAAAGGCCCCAUGAGAUGAAACAAAAACAUGAACCAUUGGUACAGAUUGAAAGUGCAACAUUACCCACAUCCUUUUAAGGUAUUUUUUAGGCCAAUGGAUCAAUGGCAUUAAUUCAUGCAUACUGUGUGUUUUUGUGUGUGUGUAUGUAUUGACGUUGACAUAGUUUACAAACAAUGAAUUCCAGUUUUGUUUCAUUCCUCUAUAGAUUCAGUUCUUUUUGACCAUGUCCCAGACCGUAUGUGCAGUCAUUUGGCCAUGUGGUUUCCCCAGAGGCUGGCUGUAUUUCCAGAUAUUCUAUAUGGCCUCGCUUAUUGCCUUUUUCUCAAACUUCUACAUUCAGGUGAGCAAAUAUACAACUCUUGCAUUAAUUAAUUAAUUAAUUAGACAUUAUUAUUUCAAUUAAUUAUGGUGUUGUGAAGUAUUUUACACUGGUGGUGACAGGGUUAAAUAUAACGUGCAUUGUUGUCUACAGUAGUGUUUUGCAGAUUUUGAGCACAUCCUAAUGUGUUGACUCCUUCCCUCUGUUUUUAGACUUACAAGAAACACAGUGUUUCACAAAAGAAGGAGUAUCAUCACAAUGGCUCUGUUGAUUCACUGAAUGGCCAUGCGAAUGGGGUGACACCCACAGAAACCAUUACACACAGA